UACAAGUCAAAUGCAAACAUUCACAUAACUGAGUAUCCAAAAAGAAACCACGCACCACAGAACGAGCUGCUUUUCGCGAAACGCAUAGUGCUUUUCGAGAAGCCUAUACUGACGACAUUUUAAAACCAGCAUCUCUGGAUCAUGACUUUGAUGCUCAGUCAACCGCUUACGUGCAGCAUCGUAUUGUUGUUUGCAUAUCAAACUAUUAGCUUUGCUGCAAAAUUUGCGAUGAUUCCAAUGGCUGGUAAGAGUCACUACUUGGUUCAUGCAAGGCUUGGGCAAGAGCUGGAAAACAGAGGACACGAGGUGCUGAUUGUCGUUGGAGAACGUGAGACGUAUGCUGCAAAAGACCCACGUGUUCUAACAUUCAGUUCCCCGGAUGAUAUCAACAAACUUGACGUGACCAAGAUAGACGACAUAAUGAAGUUAUGGUUGUACAAUUGCGAUGCAAUACUCAGCAACCCUGAUUUCAUGAACCAAAUCAAAUCCUCCGAUGCUGUUAUUGGAGAUGCGCUGUUCUUGUGUUCGUUUUUGAUCGCCGAUAAGUUCUCCUUACCUCAUGUUACAGUCUUGAUGAGUCCACUUAGUUCCGGUUCAAUAUUACCGUUGAACUUUGAAAACCUCCCUUCUUACCAACCCCAGUUCACCUCAGGUUUCACCGACCACAUGAAUUUUCUACAGAGAGUAGAGAACACUGUGCUAUGCCUUAUUCAAACGAUAGCUCCUUACAAUAUUGACGGAGUCUAUGAGACACUGAAGAAGAAGCACAACAUCACACCAGAGAAAACUCUCCAGGAGACUUACCAGAAAGUUGACCUUAUCCUUGUUCAAUCAGGUCCCCUCGAUUAUCCAAGGCCUCUCUUACCGAGUAAGAAUCACGUGUUUAAUGUCUAUUUUACUAAUUGAAAAUCGAGUUACAUACGAAUGAGGCCCCGCAAAA